AUGUCAAUCCCUCCGUCGAGAGCACAUUCGGAAGUGUUCUCGGCAUCACAGUAUGGCGCUGCAUCGCAGCCGAUUCGUCCAAGUCGACGAAUUAACCAUUUCAUUCUACCGACUUUCAUUCUUUCUAUUGUUGGCCUCGCAUGUCUAUGGGCACUU